UUCCGCUACACCCGCGACGGAAGUAUUAAAGUGACUGCAAGUACUUCCAUGCUCUGAACGGACGUGGCCUUACGGACUAGAUAUCAACCACCCAUGCAGCACUGCUUGACUCUGACGAUUGCCCGACACAGCAGGCUCCUAAUCAGAAAGAAAUUUGCAUCAGUUCACUGCCAGCAUUCAGCAGCAAUGUCAGGGCUCCUGAUUAACCAGCCCAAAUAUGCCUGGCUGAAAGAGCUGGGCCUGUCUGAGGACAACCCUGGGAUGUACAACGGGAAGUGGGGAGGCAGUGGAGAGGUCGUCACUUCAUACUGUCCUGCCAACAAUGAACCAAUUGCCAGAGUAACCCAGGCUACUAUGGCUGAGUAUGAAGAAACUGUCCAGAAGACAAAAGAGGCUUGGAAGAUCUGGGCAGAUAUUCCAGCACCAAAAAGAGGGGAGAUUGUAAGACAGAUUGGUGAUGCAUUAAGAAAGAAGAUUCAAGUCCUUGGGAGCCUGGUUUCUCUAGAAAUGGGCAAGAUCUAUGUUGAAGGAGUUGGGGAGGUUCAGGAAUAUGUGGAUGUCUGUGAUUAUGCUGUUGGUCUGUCAAGAAUGAUUGGUGGGCCCAUCCUGCCUUCAGAAAGACCAGGCCAUGCUCUGAUUGAACAGUGGAACCCAGUUGGUCUUGUCGGCAUCAUCACUGCCUUCAACUUUCCUGUGGCUGUCUAUGGCUGGAAUAACGCCAUCGCUCUGACCUGUGGUAAUGUGUGUCUCUGGAAAGGAGCCCCGACCACGCCUCUCACAAGUGUUGCAGUCACAAAGAUUGUAGCUGAGGUUCUGGAGCAGAACAAUCUGCCAGGGGCCAUCUGCUCCAUGACCUGUGGAGGUGCAGAUAUUGGCACAGCUAUGGCCAAAGAUGAGCGUGUGGAUCUACUUUCAUUCACUGGCAGCACUCAUGUUGGUAAAAUGGUGGCUAUGAUGGUACAAGAAAGGUUCGGUCGCAAGCUGCUAGAGCUUGGUGGAAACAAUGCUAUCAUUGUGUUUGAGGACGCUGACUUGAACCUUGUGGUUCCCUCUGCUGUGUUUGCCUCAGUGGGAACAGCUGGCCAGCGUUGCACCACUACCAGAAGACUGAUGCUGCAUGAAAGUGUUCACGACACAGUGGUUGAAAGAAUUGCCAAAGCCUACAAACAAGUCCGCAUUGGAGAUCCCUGGGACCCCAGCACUCUCUAUGGACCUCUGCACACCAAACAAGCUGUGGAGCAGUACCUGGCUGCUGUUGAGCAGGCCAAGCAGCAAGGUGGUACUGUCAUUUGUGGCGGAAAGGUGAUGGACCGCCCUGGAAACUACGUGGAGCCCACCAUCAUCACAGGGCUGGCUCACGACGCUCCCAUUGUCCAUACCGAAACCUUUGUCCCAAUUCUCUAUGUCCUAAAAUUCAAGACAGAAGAGGAGGCAUUUGCCUGGAACAAUGAGGUCCAGCAGGGUCUGUCCAGCAGCAUCUUUACCAAAGAUAUGGGCCGUGUUUUCCGCUGGCUUGGGCCCAAAGGAUCCGACUGUGGUAUUGUGAAUGUCAACAUUCCUACCAGUGGAGCUGAGAUUGGAGGAGCCUUUGGUGGAGAGAAACACACAGGAGGUGGAAGAGAGUCUGGCAGUGACUCCUGGAAGCAGUACAUGAGGCGCUCGACCUGUACAAUAAACUACAGCAAAGAUCUUCCUCUGGCACAGGGAAUCAAGUUUGAGUGAAAUUAGUUUGUGGCUAAAGCCUUAAUGAGCCUACAUGCAACACUACAUAUUUUUAGUGGCGUAGUGUUUCUGAGAAAAUUUAAGAAAUCUAUUGUAUUUUUACAUGUUGAAAGGUCAGUGCAAAUUUACGUGUUGGAUUAUAGGACCUGUCAUUGUAGCUGCAAACAUGUCUGUGCAUAUGGUUUUUGCUAUAGGUAUUAAUCUUGGAUGUGAAAGGACGAUUUAAAAAUUGUUCAUUGUUGGAAAAAGGUCAAAUACAGUUCACCUAUAUGAGUGCACUUUUCUUCAGUCACUUAGUGACUGCUAGAUGCAUGUUCCAGAUGCUUUAGAGAUAUAUGUAUCAAUAAUCUCAUCUUUAUUAAAAAAAAAAAAGCAAAAAUUUAAUGUCUGAAAAACAUCAGAGCGAAAGGUUUAGAUGUGUAUCAUUAUCAUAGGUGUCCACAAUCACUAUGAAAUGUGGUUAACAGUGCACACAAUAAGUUAAGUCUUUCAGAACACACAUCUGAUGGACAGUUGGAGGUUUAAUUGAAAAUUGCUAUUGUUUCAACUCUGUUGCUUCAAAAAUACACUCUGCUGAAAAUGUAAAAUGACUUAAGAGUAACAAUGUGCUUUUCAAACAAUAAAUAAAAGGGCUUCUUGUUGA